UCUUUGUUUACAUGAAUGCAAUGUUGGAAUGAAUGUACACCAUUUGAUUUGGUCUCUUUUUGUAGUUUCUAUCGAUGGUGCAAUCCGUUCAGCUGAUAUGCUUGCAACCAGGUACAGUCGGACAAUGAUGGGGAAAAUGCUACUGGAACAGUUGGAGGCAAAAGACCAACCCAUUGACCUCACUCAGUGGUACCUGUGUGAUGUGUCAAAGUUUGAUGAAGAAAUGGCCAGAAAAUUCAUACAAUUUGAUCUUGAUGAAGAGACUCAAAAAUUCCUGAAAAACUGUGAUGAGAAAUCAAAUUAUGUUUUCACACAAAUGCUGCAAACCUUCAUGAAAGGUUUCCUGGGAUAUUUCAUGUCCUUGACAACAGUUAAUGGGAUUUUAAACAGGGGUUCAAUGUUUGUGUUCUCACAAUCUCAGUUCCAACAAUUAAUGAACAUUGAUGAGACUUGGAAGGUAGACUCCCUGCUUGACUUGGGAGCAGGUGAUGGUAAGGUCACAAAGAUGAUGGAAAGCCACUUUAACAAAAUAUAUGUUACUGAACAAUCGCCUAGCAUGAGGUGGAGAUUACAGCAAAUGAAUUAUGAAGUUUUGGAGAUCGGUGAUUGGACAGCAAGAAGUUAUGAUGUCAUCAGUUGUUUAAACUUGUUAGACAGAUGCGACAAACCUUUGAGUUUACUACAAAACAUUCGCAAAUCCUUGAACCCUAAUGGAGGAAGAUUGAUUGUGGCUGUUGUGUUGCCCUUCAGUCCUUGUGUAGAAUCAGGAUCAAGAAUUCUGAAGCCUACUGAAAAAAUUCCAUUGAGAGGCAAGCAUUGGGAAGAACAAGCAGAGAGUUUUAUAAAAGAUGUUUUCAUUCCAGCUGGAUUCCUUGUGGAAUCUUUCUCAAAACUUCCUUACUUAUGCGAAGGAGAUAUGUAUAGAGAUUUUUAUGUCCUAAGUGAUGUGGUAUUUGUAUUACGACCAAGGCUGUAGAUAUGUCAAAUA